CGGUUGCGCGGUGUGCUGACGUGGCCCCCUCACGAGGCAGCGGGUGGGAGCAGCAGCAGCGGCGGCAGCAGCUGCUGUCGUUUUGGGACACGUAACCCCCUCCUCCCUUGUUACUGUACGACUCGCUCCAGGCGGCGACGGCGGAGACGGCCUCUGUCAACCCCCCCGUCACCCACCCACCCGCUGCCGGCACUUCCUGCGCUUGGAAUGGAUCUCGGGGCGACCCUCGGCCUCGCUCCUCUGCAGCCACGACACGCAAACGCGCGCCGUCAUGAACCUGGCGGCAUGCGCGCCCCUACCGCCCUCCAUCGCCAAGGCAAACAUCGCUGCUCACGCUGCUGCCAACAAUGCCAAGGCCCAGGGCAAGAAGGCAGGGGAGAAGGGCGGUGCGACCGCGUUGGAGAGCGGCGUGCUGGCUGUCGGCAUGGACGGGGACUGCCACGUCCUCCGUUAUGACGAGGUGCCCACCGAGAGCCGCGCAGCGCCAUCCGCCGAAAAGGGGCGGCAGAGGAAAAAGGGAAAAGCGGAGGGCAAGGCGGAGGGCAAGGCGGAGGGCAAGGCGGAGGGCAAGGCGGAGGGCAAGGCGGAGGGCAAGGCGGAGAGCAAGGCGGAGGGCGACACGCGGAACGAGACGCCGCAGCUCCAACUGGAGAGCCUGCACGUGGUGCAGACCGACUUGAGCGCCGACAGCGUGCAGAAGUCGGUCCGCUUCAAUGCCGACUCGACACUGCUCGCCACGGGCGGUGUGGACGGGCACCUGCGCGUAUGGGAGUUCCCCGACAUGAAGCUCCUGCAUGACAUCGAGGCUCACAAGGAUGAGGUGGAAGACCUGGAUUUUGGACCCAGCAACACGUUGGUGUCCGUGGGGCGCGACUUCUCGUGCAGCGUCUGGCAGAAGGGGCUGCUCAUGCUUGGCCUCGACUGGAAUAAAGCCAAGCCCGACGUUCCGGACAAGACCUACCGCUUCCGUGCCUGCAGGUUUGGGCAGGUGGCCGAUAGCCCCGACAAGGUGCGUCUCUACACGGUGCACAUCCCGCACAAGCGCGAGCGCCGCCCACCGCCCUGCUUCAUCACCAAGUGGGAAGGGCAGAGCUUCCUGCCGCUCCUCACCGCGCCCUGCGGCACCGAGGUCGUGUCCACCUUCACCGUCAGCGAGUCGGGAACGUUCCUCGGACUGGGCACAGUGACGGGUUCCGUGGCCAUUUACAUUGCCUUCUCCCUGCAGCAGGCGUACUACGUGCGGGAGACGCACGGCAUCGUGGUGACGGAGCUGGCGUUUGUGGGCGACAAGGCGGGCAGGGGCGUGGCGCUGCGCGGAGACAACGACGCUGCCGUGCUGAGCGUCGGCGUGGACAGCCGCUGCAAGCUGCACCUGCUGCCUCGACGCACCAUGCUGCCGGUGUGGCUAGUGCUGCUGUGCUGUGCGGGGAUGCUGGUGCUCACCAUGAUGCUCAUCCAGCACUUCUUCCCGGGCUUCCUGUAACAUCCGGCAGCACCGCAAGCCCCUCUCCUCUCAUAAUCCCCGCCACAACCCCCCACAUCCGACACCACCUCCCGCAACACACAGAUGUAGAGUUACGUACACACCAUGGCGACAUGGACACACGGGCGUGGAACAAUGCCGAUGCACCAUCGGGCAGCCGCAGCCAGGUGGCAGAGGAUGUCUUUAACCGAACCCCACGGAUACACGAAGUCACGAGGACACCCGUACGAAACGUGGCCGCUUGGAAUGCGCGGCUGCCAACGGGAAACAAAUGUUCUCACGCGCUGAUCCAUCGCAGCCGCGUGGAUGCGUAGCAAAGCGUCGGUGUGCACACACGCGCAGGCGCAGCUUGUCUGCGACAGAAUCUCUGGGCGACUCGCGUUGGUUCCUUACGGAGCUGUGUAUGGAACCUUUCUGAGAAAAAUCGCCCAAACGUGGUGCGCUGUAGGCAUUGUGCGGCGGCGGGCGGCAGUAUCUGUCGCGACCGAGCCGGUGCCCCAAGUGACACAGACGGUGGCCCGGCUCAGUUUGGCAGCUUUGCCGAUUCGCACUAGGAAGCAUGCCCUGGCACAGGCCAGCAUGCCCUGGCACAGGCCAGCAUGCCCUGGCACAGGCCAGAGAGCCACCCUGAAUACAUGGUGCGAGUAAAACUCACCUUUCCAAGACUCCGAAUUCAGGAAAAGAUAUUUAAACAUUGUAAGUGAAAAAAAUGCAAUCUUUUGCGUACGGAUAUUGUGUUGUGAGUGGUGCAAUUUUACCAGCGCACCGUCUGGCGGCUGAGUUCCUGUUGAAUUUUACGAUCAUAAUUAUAAUGGGGAAUUCACAACCGAGGUCUCAGUGCCCAACUUCCCAAACCAUUUUAAUACAUAGGCUUUCGCGACCAAUAUUAUCCAUAAUAGAGAUUUUUUGGGUUACAUUUCGUAAAUAUAAAGGUGUCGUUAAACCCGCCACCACCUGACACAGCCAAUUAGUAAGGUUUGUGUUGGGUGGUGGUGGUUUGAGCGACACAUUUAUUAAUACCCGAUCUAACCCAAAAACCUCUUAUGGAUUCCCAAACCACGUUGGCAGAUUGUUGCCAUGAUCCAUAUAUUUCCAGUAAUUAGCGCCUUGUUUGCUCUCAUCGCACGGCACUGGACGGGCCGCAUGGUAUGAGAGAGGUAUCUUGCCUCUGUCAAGUUUUCGUAGUUCUGAGCCUUACAAUUUGAAGAACCUCCACGGCGGAGUGGCACGUGACCAACGUGACCAACGUGACUAACGUGCACCCUUCCCAGUGCACAGUCGUAGAGGGCCCUUAAGUAAAACGUGUCGACGGGUUCACCGGUUCCAAGCGCAGCUUGUGCAAUUUAACGCCUCGUGUGACUGUAAAGGGCCCAGUUUGACAUUGAGUGCCGUAGCCGGACUUGUCGAGUUGUGUUUGCAGCAACACGCCGGAUUGUUUACAGACUCUUGCUGCUCUGGGACGGGUGACCCCGUGGGUGAUGGCAAGUGCGGUUUGAGUGCGGCUUCUGUGACCAAGAACCCUCACACUCGGACUAUUGAGUGUAUUGGUGAUUAUUGUCGACGGUAUUUGCAUGUUUAUAACUGUUAGGUUCAUGAUGAGGACGGGAAUCUUUAAAUAAUGGCGUUAUUCUUAUUCCCUGCAUGGUAAGAGUAUUGAGAACUUCGCGAUUACUUUUAACCUGCCUGAUUCUUGCAUUCUGACUGUCCUCUCAUGUUUCCCAAUGCUGGCGAAGGUGGAGAGCACAGAUCCAGCAGCGUAGAAGUAUAGUACAACAACGGAAUUUGCUCCACUACGUAGCUUUAUCAAUCCAAAUUCUAUUCCAAGUCAAGUGGAAUGAUGCACAUUUGAAAUGUUAGAGCUUAAAAUGCCCAACCCUUGCUCCAGUACCUGUGCCGAUUGAUCUGAGCCAACGCAACGGAUCACCCCUCAAAGGGGGGGAAUCUCAGAUCGGGGGGGGGGUGGGGGGUGUGAUUGUGGGGGGGGGGGGGGCAGCACCCAGUAUCAACAUUCGUCACUAGGGGACGCUCGUGUCCUUAGCGUGCCCUGUGUAUUAACGAUUUCUUGAGGGUUUACGCGCGAGUGGUAAAAUACCUCAGCAGAGCAUAGCAGGCGAUGCCACUGCACCAGGGGCCCAGCUGCUGCGGGUCGCGAAGAGAAGGAGAAAUUGGGCACGGGGGCUUUCCUUGUAAUUCCACGCACCAGGUUUCCCCGAGCCAGACCGCGCCACCACCCCCUGGAUAUGACCCUCGCGUUAUAUUUUUUUGCGUGGCUCGCGCGAGUUCUCGUAACGCAGUCGUGUCUUCCCCCGAAUGGUAAUGAGGCCUUUCGAUUCCACGUUUGCGGGAGCACAAUUGUGCUGCUAUAGCUCCGACCCUCCGGUUUUCUCCAGCGUAGUUCACAGCCGGGUCACUGCUCCUCACCUUUAACCCCUGACCACAGCUAAAUGGUCUCUGAACCCCCGUGAUCUCCCGCCCCCCCCCCCCAUUGUCCCUUGUCGCAUUUAUCACAGAACCACAUUCCUACUAACGCCCCCCCCCCUCCCCCAAAUCUCCAAGAAUUCCACGCACCUGCGGAGCGUCUGUAAUAUUUUGCCGAGACCCCUUUGUGCAAUGCACACACAAGCGGCACACGCUGCUACCAGCUGAGCCACAAAUUGAUUACAGGUGGUGUUGCUAACCUGCAGACACGUGCACGUGGAUGGACAGACCCAUUGUCGGUGUUUGACAGAUGUCUGCAGAUAUGAAAUGCCCUGAGGUGGUUGGUGUCUCAGGGGACUAAAGCUGUGUCUUGACAGAACACUGAGCCAGCACUUUUGAGAAGCCUUGGUUCAAUCACUGGUCAAUUGGUCGAGGUAAAAUCCAGUCGAGUGGAAUGUGGUUAUUUUGUCUCAAUGGUACCUGCAACAACCGCACAAAGAAAACAAGAGUGGCAUUUUGUUUCUUUUGCACAAUGUCACGUGGCCCAUCUCUGUUAAAUCUGUAUAUAUUCACGAGAUGUAGCGUUGGCCACUUGCCUGCCUCCAGAUGACAACUCGGUCGAGUGGUAUCGUAGGACAGACCCGUUGACGAUAAUUGGAAGCCAGCGGAGCUGCUUAUAGGUUGUUGCAACAUGCGACGUUUGGCUCUGUCUGUCGGGAGCUCUCGAAUGUAUAAAACACUUCACGGUGUCCCAAGUUGUGCGAGUGCUUUUGGAAUGUAAUCAUGUUUAUCGCAGCCCUUUUUGUGAAUCCGCUGCUGAACGAAGGCCUCCCCAUGCCGUAUCGGUCACGGCCGUUGUCUUAUCAUGCUUCGCCGCGCUGGUGUGUAGGUUCGUGAAAAGAAACGCAGAUGAGGGUAAUCGCCUUGCUCUAGUUUCCAGAGGUCAUGUUUGUGUAUAACGUGGCUCGGGACCAACCAUGACUGCCCCGCUGCACUCCCAGUCCACUUGGGCUGAGUCCAGCUACGCCUCCUGAAAGGGCACCUCCAAGUCAAUUUGACCCCAACUCAUUGAACCACGUUAAAAGUCUUACACUAUUUAUGUACGUGUGUGUCUUCUGUAUGUAUUUAAAAAUAUAAUGGGUAAAGGCAACUUAACUGAAUUUUAACAUGAUUCCACGGAAUUAAUGGGUCUGAUUACGUCCCGAUAGUGACAGUAGAGACCACGUUGCGUGGUGUUAAAAUUGUAAAAAAAAAAGUAGAUCCUGAUUUAAAGCGUUUCCAGUUGUGUAAGGCCCUCUGCCGCAGAAUACAUCUCAUCAAUAAAGUCAUUAUUCUUUACACUCGGGUCGUGGCUUUGCUAACCGAUGUGGUUCGACUGCCAAUUUAAUUUGGCCACUCUCAUGGCAUCAUUGCAUCAGAGUCGAUUUGUUCAAAUAAAAAAAACCCAAAGUUGAAA